CGUUCAGUCCAAGUGCGGGACUGAGACGGGGACAGUACGGCAAGAACAGCGUGCCGAAUCCGGGUGGACAGUGCCCUGCAAACACUGACACAGGGACACACACCCACUCUCUCAUUCUCUCGGAAGAUCGAUCCCCUCCUCUCUGUUGCAACUUAUAUGUGGAAAACUUUUCGAGUUCCCAGUUAUUGGGACUGAUCGUCAGCGUCGGGACGUUCCGAAUGGCGCCUUCUGGAGCUCUUGCUGGACUGCUCAUACUCAUUCUCGGUGAAAUCUCCAUCUCCACUGCCCAGGGCCAGGAGGGGCACAACGAGCCUGAACAUGGUAUAAACGCGCGACCUACAUUCUGGCAUAUGGUAACACCCACUCCCCACGAGGUUCUCCUAAACUUCAUCCCGACUGCUCACAAUUCCAAUUUGCACAAUCUAAACGUGACCCGGAACAGGCUCCGUCCGAUGUGCAAACAGCGGCCGGAGAUCAAGGACACCUUCAAGUACAUCAACACCAUAGUGUCCUGCAUGGUGUUCGUGGUGGGGAUAAUCGGUAACUCCACGCUGCUGAGAAUCAUUUACAAAAACAAGUACAUGAGGAACGGCCCCAAUAUCCUGAUAGCCAGCCUGGCUCUGGGGGAUUUGCUGCACAUCGUCAUCGACAUCCCCAUCGCCGUUUACAAGCUCCACGCUGAAGAUUGGCCUUUUGGGGUGGAAGUAUGUAAACUUCUGCCGUUUAUGCAGAAAGCAUCUGUUGGCAUCACUGUUCUCAGUCUCUGUGCACUCAGUAUAGACAGGUAUCGAGCAGUGUUGUCCUGGAGUCGUAUUCAAGGCAUCAGAGUUUCCACGUGGACGGUUAUUGAAAUUAUAGUCAUCUGGGCAUUGUCAAUUAUCCUGGCGGUUCCUGAAUUCAUAGCCUUUGAUCUGCUAGAAAUCAACUAUCGAGGAAAGAUGUACAGAGUCUGUAUGAUUCCUCCCAUGCAGAAAACUAAGUUCAUGCAGUUCUACAAAGUAGCGAAAGACUGGUGGUUGUUAGCCUUUUACUUCUGUAUGCCUCUAGCAUGCACAGCUCUGUUUUACUCUUUAAUGACCCGUGAGUUGUUACAGAAGAAAACUGGGAUGCAGAUUGCUCUGAAUGAUCACCUGAAACAGCGGCGGGAAGUAGCAAAGACUGUGUUCUGCCUCGUGCUUGUUUUUGCCCUCUGUUGGCUUCCACUACACCUUAGCAGGAUUUUAAUGAAAUGUAUCUACAAUGAAAAUGAUCCCAACAGAUGUGAACUCUUGAGCUUUCUCCUGGUGUUGAAUUACAUUGGCAUCAAUAUGGCUUCCCUCAACUCCUGCAUCAAUCCCAUUGCACUCUACUUUGUCAGUAAGAGAUUCAAGAACUGUUUUCAGUCCUGCCUAUGCUGCUGGUUCCAGAGGAAGACAAUAAUGUAUGUAUUGCCCUUGGAUGAGAAACAGUCCUGCAUCAAGUGGAAGUCAAAUGGAUUCGAUCAUGGUCUGAACCACAGCAAUUCACGUUCCAGUAAUAAAUAUAGUUCAACAUAAUCCAUGUUCUGUACAACCAUCUCAAGGAAGAAUACAGACUCUUCCUAAUACUCUACAGAAAAUGUUGUCAACACCACCAAGAAAGUCAAUUGUUGUAAAUUGUAGUCUGUCCUCAACAAUAUGACAGAUAUGGAUGUACAUUCCAGGUACAGAUUUUAAGGACUACCAUCCUGAUAAUCACUCACAAUGAUUAAGCAUUCACUGCAACAUGAGAAGUAACUAAAUUAGAAUUAAAGCUGGGACAGGCCCACCGACUGGUGAAGGCAUUGUUAAGGCACUUGAAGGGUCUGAGUCGGCACUUUCAGGUCAUCAGAAAACCCUUGAUUAUUAAAUGAAUCCACUGCAAAGUAUAUUACUGAUUAAUGAGCCUGAGAUGACUAGCUUUCAAUUAAUAAGGAUUACAUGUGAGGAAGUGGUCAGCAGUAAACUAAGUAGGAUAUGCCACAUUUCCAAAAUUUUGCAUGCAAUGUUUUAUUCCUUAAAUACAACUUGGGCCGGACCCAAACCCUUUUCACUUUAUCUGCAUCUUAGUUAUUUGGCUAUUAUACACGAUAAAGAAAAUGGUGUUAUGUCUUCAGUGAUGUACAUCCACCUCAGAAAAGAAAGCAAACUUAGCAAAGUAAUUGAAUAAUAAACAUUUUAAAUCAUUUUUCUCAAAAGUAAAACAUUCAUUGGUUGAACUGAAUAUAUUUUAACACAUGGCAGCAUUCUGUAAUGAUGAUUUUAAUGCCACGUCCUGUUUCAGCAGAUCUAGAUUGAGUUGCUUUACUUGGAUGGGUACUCUACUCUUUGACUAUCCUUAUUUAAUAAGAAACUGAUUGAAAGUGGGUUGGAAAUUUAGCAUUUGCAGAGAAAAUGUAUAUGUGAGUAUAACAGAGUGUUUUAGAUUUUGCUAUGAACAGCAAAGAGGAAAUUUUCCAUUGAGUUGCCUUUCAAUAUUACAAUUUAUUCAAUAUACUGUGUCUUUCUAUUUACAAUCAUUGUGACCACUAUACUACAAUCAAACCUCAAAAUAUAACUGCAAAAUGCUUGAUUCCAAAUGUCAUAUUGUCAGCAAAUUGGAUCACAAUUCUCUUUUUUUAAGAAUGUGCAUUUAACUCCAAAAUUUUGCAGUAUUAUUUUUAUUAAAAUUUUAAAUGUAUAUUUUUCAAAAAUCAAUUCAAACUACACCAAUGUUAUUAUUGAAAACUUAAGUACCAGCUAUAUUUCUUGUAAAUAAUGUUUAUACUAUAUGUGUCCUUCAAUUAUUUAGCUACAGUACAGUUCAGAACAUACAUUGCCCUGGCCACAGUUUGAGUUCCAGCAAGCAUCUCUGUUUUAUAAUUAUAAUUAUGUUAUAAUGCAGUCUGUAUUAAAGCAAGUGAUUGCUGGAGGUUCAAGAAUGUGACAGUGUUUCUGUUUUCUUGUGCUAAGUUUAUUACUCUUUACUGUAUAUUUCUCAUAAUCAAUUCUUAUUUUAUUGCACAACGUGUAUGUGUGUUUUUUUCUUAUGCAUUUAAUGCAUUUGAAAUGUGAAUGGUUUACAAAAUAAAUUACAGUUUAUCUGUU